UAAUAAUCAAUCAGUCAAAUAUAUACUCUAUCGUCCGUCUCUUCUCCUGCCCGUUGCUUGUCGAACCGGCCCCUCCGGUCUCUUCCACGACUCUCUUUUUCGUGCCGUCUGUCAUUCUCUCACUUAGGUUUAUUAUUACCUUCCUAUCAUGCGCUUGUUGCCGGCGUUUCCACCAUAGGAUUCACAUUCUUACGUCUCCGUCGCUCAGCUCCCACCGCACAAUCUCUCCGUUCCUUGUGCGCCAUGGGAUUCUUCGACCACCUACAGAAGGGAGGAGGAUUUUCCCUUCAGCCAAAGAAGCCCCAGAUCCGCAAAGUUGUCACGCAGACUCGGCCAGCCGUUCCGGCGCGCACUUCGUCUGCUGCCGCAUCGCCAGCGCCUGCCGCCUCCUCCAGAAGCGCAGUGCGACAGUCAAAGGCGCGGCCAGUGUCCGGGGAUUCGAGACAGAAUACUCCCCAGAAGCGACUGGGUACAGCGGGAAAGAUUCGCAAGCGGCCCUCGCCUGCGCAACGGUUAUCCAGCGAUGACGAUGACAGCGACACGGACACGUCUUUCGAGGUGCGGAAGAGGGCCAGAGUGAGCGCCAGCGCAGAGCCUGAUCCAGACCGGCGGGUAAGAGACACGGAGAUGUUUUCAGAGAAAGGGAAGGAGAGUUUCCGGAUGGUGCAUGCUGCGGAUAUUGCGUCGUUGGAGAAGCCAGGGAAGUUCAAGAGGGCGUUCGACAAGACGGACAAGCCGGUGGACGUCUGGCUGCAGUAUCCCGGUGCUUCGCAGAAAGAGAGAUACCAGCUCAUUGUGCCGCGCGACAAAGACGACUUCAGACCCCUCGACGAUAUCGUGCAGGUUAUUGAGAUGGUUUCCCAGAAUUACGUACCCGACGAUGAGCGGGACGUGUUUGAUAACGACUCAACCGGGAUCAAGCGUCGUGUGAGGCGCGCUCUGGCUCAUGGUUCGGAAAGUGAUUUCAGGGACGCCAUUUCCGAUUACAACAGUAUCGUCGAACGAUUGAAGCGUAAUGGCAGUAUCGCAAAGCAUCUGGACUCCAUUCAGAGGCUCACUCUCCCACUAGUCGAACGCAUCUUGACUCAGACGUACUCGCGAACAGUCUCUCCGCGAGUCGAGUCGCUGAGGCAGUACGAGAACGGAACCGAUAAUGUAUAUGGAGAGCUUCUGCCGCGCUUCAUCAGCACGAUAUUCAAGGAGACCAAGUUGAAGUCCGGUCAGGUUUUUGUCGACCUAGGUUCUGGUGUUGCCAACGUCGUGCUGCAGGCGGCUCUGGAGAUCGGGUGUGAAAGCUGGGGCUGUGAGAUGAUGCAGAACGCGUGUGAUCUCGCGGAGCUGCAAGAGGCAGAGUUCAAAGCGCGGUGUCGCCUCUGGGGCAUCGCCCCUGGCGAGACGCAUCUUGUCCGCGGCGAUUUUCUUAAGGAAGAGAGUAUCGCCAAGGUCCUGCAGCGCGCGGAUGUGGUCCUGAUCAACAACCAGGCCUUUACGCCCCAGCUAAACGAUAAACUAGUCAAUCACUUCCUGGACAUGAAGGAAGGCUGCCAGAUCGUGUCACUCAAAUCCUUCGUCCCUGCGGGCCACAAGAUCCAGUCGCGCAAUCUCAAUUCGCCCCUCAAUCUGCUGUCAGUUAAGCAGAGGAAUUACUGGUCUGACAGUGUCAGUUGGACAGAUGUCGGUGGCACAUACUUCAUCGCAACCAAAGACAGUUCGCGCCUGAAGCGAUUUGUGGAGAGUAUGGGAUAAGAUAUGCCGCCUUAUCUCGAUUCUUGUUCAUUUUGCAUAGAACGAACCCAUAUACACAGUUCACUGCAUAUCUCACAUCUAGAGAGACAUAUGGCAAAUUCUUGCAUUUUUGGU